GGAAGUCCCGCCCUGCCGGCGGCGAUGGCGGAGUCGGGCCCCGAGGAGGAGGAGCUGGCGCACGCCGAGGUGCUCGAGCUCUUCCAGGAGGGGCUGGCCCGGCUCGUGCAGGACCCGCUGCUCUGCGACCUGCCCGUGCAGGGCACGGUGGAGGAAAUCAAUUCGCAGAUCGCGCUGGAGUACGGCCAGGCCAUGACUGUGCGCGUGUGCAAGGCGGAUGAAGAAGUGAUGCCUGUGGUAGUGGUACAGAAUGCCAGCGUCCUGGACCUGAAGAAGGCCAUCCAGCGAUACGUGCAGCUGAAGCAAGAGCGGGAAGGAGGCAGACAGCACAUUAGCUGGACCUAUGUAUGGAGAACAUAUCACUUAAGCUUUGCUGGAGAGAAAAUGACAGAUGACAAAAAGAAGUUGAGAGAGUAUGGAAUCAGAAAUCGGGAUGAAGUCUGCUUUAUAAAGAAGCUGCGAAAGUGACCUGUAAGAGGGCAGCAAGGCAUCAAGUCCUUCUGGGCUGUGCUCCUCUCAUCGUAAGCCUGGUUUUGCAUCAUCCAGACAGGUCUUCACCAGGAACAACCAUGGAUGUGAUGUAGGUUUUUAGCUCUACUCCAGAAAAUGGCAGGAGGAAGAGGCUUUGGCCCUUUGCACUGCCCUACCCCUCGCCAUGCCAGAUCAGCGCUGGCCAGCAAAUGUGUCACAUAUAGGUUCACACUCUAACACCAAGAGGAACACAGGAACUGCCCCACUGCUCUCCCUUGGCUUUGCCAAGCUCCUGUAACAGACACACUGCCGUUUGAAUCAUGCACUCCCAAAGACUUCCCUUUGGAAAAUGUUUUCUCCAAACAGGCUUCCUGAAUUGCUGCAGAUAAAAAUCCUGGUAACUGCUGAGGUUAGCUGUGUGCCAAACGAUCACAUUUACUUUACACUGACUUGUAGAAGAGACAGCUCCGGGUUCCCAAGUGCCAGAAGUUGUGCGUGCACCAGUGCCAUUGGUGAGCAGUGCGUGCGUGCACACUAGGGAUGUUAAUUAUCAGUUACCAGUAACUGAAUAGUCAAUUAACCUCAUAAAUUCCUAUCGGUUAUUCGACUAUUCCCUGAGGGAUGAGGCCGGCAGAUAUUGCGCUCUGGUCUCACUCCCAAGGAGCCCCCUGCCAUGCAGCACUGCUGCCUCUGUAUCAGAGGCAGCAGCAGCAUGGUAUGCCAGGCAGAAGCUGGUCCACGACGGGAGUUGGUUGAAAAAACAGCUCCCCUCACAGACUGGCUGCCUAUUGCCCUCUGCUGCUGCCUCUGAUAUAGAGGCAGCAGCGUGGGGUGGCAGCAGUCCCUGUAUUGGAGGAGGGUCUGGGCUCCUAGCCCUGAUCCAGGCUGCCUGCCCGCCCAGCUCCUAACACAUUUUAAAUGCAGAGCCACAGCAAGGUAGGUCCCAGACCCGUCACAAGCCAGGACUGAGCCAGUCUGCUAGCCAACCCACGACCAAAAAAGGUUCCCCAGCCCUGCUCUAAGGUGCCACAGAACUACUCAUAGUUUUAAAAUGCUGCAAGUUUGUUGAGCACUGAGUUUGUCAUUCAGGGAGAAUGCUCGCUGGGGGGGAACAAGAGCCUUCAAAUGCCUCCUGAACAGACUCUGCUUACAUUAGCAAUGUCCACAGGCAUGCAGUCCCCAUGAUCCGUAAUAAAGUACUCGAAAGAAGCUGUAUCAAUGCACGUAUUAAUAAGUUACAAUGGUAAUGGAAUACCAUCUGUUCCAAGGGAGGAUGUCAAACAGCAUCUAUGACCUUUCACGAACUUUAAAUCAGCAAGAGCAGACAACUUGCGCUCAAGACUUUUAAAAGAAAUGGCCACAGAGCUCUCGGCCAUUAGUGCUGACUUUUAACACAUCUUGGACACUGGGGGAGUUACAGAGGACUGCAAGAAAGUUCAUAUUUAAUAGGGGUAAGUGGGAUGAGCGGGGUAGCUAUGGGCUGGUUAGCCUGAUACUGUGGGCAACAUCAUGUCAUUGCUGAUACAGGACAUAAAUCUGUGAAGAACUGUUGCAUAAUUAAAGCCAAUCAUAUUCCUUUUAUGGAAGCAAGAGCUUGUCACUCAAACUUGAUAUUUUUUUUAUAUAGUUUUGGUAAUUGACUAUGGCAAUUGUGUCAACAGACUUCUGUAAAGGACUUCACUUUCCAUGUGCCCCACAAUAUAUAAGCACGAUACCAAAUCAAUGAUGCACAUUAAAUAGCCUAAUUAAAACCUGGCUACUGGAUAGACUGUUAAUGAGGAAUGACAAAGUAAGAGGUGCUGCUAGUGGGAUCUGACUGUGAUUGGUUCUUGGCCCAAUAUUACUCAAUAUCUUUAUCAAUGAUAUAGAAGAAUUGGCUUUAUAUACCCUUGGUGGUACAAUUUGCAAGAGGGCAUAAAAACGGGUGGAGUGGUAAUAUUGAUAAGGACAACUCACAGAGUGAAUAAACUGGAUCACUUAGUAAACUCACUGCAAUUAAUCAAUACACACUUUAAUAUAGACAAAUACAAGCUUGUACACCCAUGAACAAAAAAUAUAGGCUGUGCUUGGGUGGGGGAGACUAUAUCCUGUAAAACAAUGAAGGGUUCAUGAAGAUGAGAUCAUGAGACAUGAACAUGAGGACCAGCGUGAUGCUGUGGCCAGAAGGGCUAAUUCAAUCUUUGGACAUAUAAAGAGGGGAAUGUAAAGAAAGAAUAAGGCAGCGUUACACCCGGAAACAGUAUUAGUAUUAAUGUGAUUUCUCCUUUUCAUAUGUGUUCAUUUUUUUAAUUGUAUCCUUUGGUAUAUAUGGUUGUGACUAUUUUCUUCCACUAUUUGAUCUGAGGAAGUGGGUCUGGCCCACGAAAGCUCAUCAUCUA